GAUUAAAAAAGAAGUGGGGAUUGAGAGAGAUACAGAAUUGUCAAGGAGCCUCUCUCCCUCCAGCAAUGGCUACUUUUUCCCUGUGUUCUUCAACCUCAUCCUCAACAACACUAUCCAAGAACCAAGCUUUUCUAAACACCCUUUCUAUUCCCAAAGCAAAUUCCAAUGUCACCUUUCUAUCUAACUCAUUUUCUUCACUCAGUCUCCGUUUCUCAAAACCCAAUUCUUUAUCCUCUUUUGUGCCCAAAUUCUCAGAAUCUGAAGGUUCAGUAGCAGAAGUUGAAGAGCCUGAAGCAACCCCAGUUGUUGAAGAAACGAGCUUGGAACCAAAACGGGAAGAAAUCUUUGCUGUUGUUAUGGUUGGAUCUCGGCAAUAUAUUGUCUUUCCUGGGCGGUAUAUCUACACCCAGAGGCUCAAAGGUGCAAAUGUCAAUGACAAAAUUAUCCUAAACAAGGUGUUAUUAGUGGGAACAAAAACAAGUACUUGGGUUGGAAAACCAGUGGUGCCAAAUGCAACAGUCCAUGCUGUUGUUGAAGAGCAGUUGAAAGAUAAGAAGGUUGUCGUCUUCAAGUAUAAAAGAAAGAAGAACUACAGAAGGAACAUUGGCCACAGACAGCCAAUUACUCGGAUAAGAAUAAUGGGCAUUACUGGUUAUCAAGACUCACCAGCAGUCACUCUUGCGGACCUAGAAGCUGCCAAGUGACUUCGGAAGCCCCGUUGAACUUCAUCUUUUGUUGUAAUUUCUACCCAUUUUGCAUGUAUCAUUUGGUUGAUCAAUGUACUUGAGUUUUGAACUUUGAAGAAGUCUCUUUUUGAUUUGUGUUCAGCCAA